AUAUGAGGACUGAAAAUUCCUCCAAAAUCAAUUUCCUUGUCUGUAUUUCUGUUCUCAGAGCCCCGGUGGACAGGGGUUCCCGUAAUAAAAAAAUAACAUCGCGCUGUCCUCCUUCUGCCUCUUCAGGGAGACGUUUUGCUGUGAGUUGUCCGAUUCUCUUGGAAGCGAAGGCAAAACCGCCGGUUGUCUCUUUAAAUCGGCUCUGCGGUGUGAUGGGGCCCGCGGUCUGGCUGGGAAGAACCAUUCCCACCCUGCCGCAGGGAGCUGGCCGCCGCCAUCAGCGCCUCCCCCAUCCCCAUGGUUACGGCUCCUGCUUCCCGACCGUCCCUGGUCCCUGGCCGUCGCCCGCCCGAGGGAGCAGGCACUCCCCACCGGAGUCCGGGAAGCCGCCUGCUGAGAACGGCAGUGACUGCCUGCCCCUCCGGCUCUGACACCCUCCCCGGUGCAGAGCCCUGGCCGUCGCUGGGCUGCAGGCUUGCAAUCUGUUGAUAACUCCACUCGCGAGCUCCAGCGCUGCCCCUGGGGUGGAAAACUGCUCCCGGACCCGGGAACUCACCGCCUCUCGCCAACAGGAAGCGCAGGACCGCUGCCACUCCUGCUGUUUUUGCCAAAAUAGAUGGGGGCAGCCUCUCCACCCUCACCCGCCCCAUCACGGUCGCCCAGGGCUCUACCCCGUGGCCGCUGCCUGGGACCUUGACCUUCUGGACGGCCAUGGAGGCCGGCGGGGAGAACGGUGCGACGUAAUCGGCUGUGCCGUUGGCACCACCUCCGUCCCCUGCUCACACUUCAGUAACUUCGCUGUGCUCAUGGAUUUGAGGACUGUCCUGUCCCUGCCCCAGUCCCCAGGGGAGUUCCUGCACCCCGUGGUAUACGCCUGCACUGCCGUCAUGCUGCUGUGUCUGCUGGCCUCCGCCAUCACCUACGUCGUGCACCAGAGCGCCAUCCGGAUCAGCCGGAAAGGCCGGCACACGCUCCUGAACUUCUGCUUCCACGCGGCCCUGACCUUCUCCGUGUUUGCUGGUGGCAUCAACCGCACCACGUACCCUAUCCUGUGCCAGGCGGUGGGCAUCGUGCUGCACUACUCCACACUCUCCACCAUGCUGUGGAUCGGAGUUGCCGCCAGGAACAUCUACAAGCAGGUGACCAGGAAGGCCCCGCUGUGCCCGGGGGCAGACCAGCCACCGCACCCCAGGCAGCCCCUGCUCAGGUUCUACCUCAUCAGCGGAGGGGCCCCUUUCAUCAUCUGCGGCAUCACGGCCGCCACGAACAUCGGGAACUACGGGAUGGAGGACGAGGACGCCGCGUACUGCUGGAUGGCCUGGGAGCCCAGCCUGGGCGCCUUCUACGGGCCCGCGACCUUCAUCUCCCUGGUCACCUGCGUGUACUUCCUCGGCACCUACGUCCAGCUGCGGCGCCACCCAGAGCGCAGGUACGAGCUCAGGGAGCGUGCAGAGGAGUGGCAGCGGCUGGCAGGGUCAGAGGCCGGCCAGAGCCCCGGGGCCCCGCGGGCCACGCCGCCCGCCCGCGAUGCCCUGCUCACCUCGCUGCUGCAGAACGAGCACUCGUUCAAGGCCCAGCUGCGGGCCGCUGCCUUCACGCUGUUCCUGUUCGUGGCCACGUGGACCUUCGGGGCGCUGGCCGUGUCCCAGGGCCACUUUCUGCACACGAUCUUCAGUUGCCUGUACGGCGCCUUCUGCGUGACCCUGGGGCUCUUCGUGCUCAUCCACCACUGCGCCAAGCGGGAAGAUGUGUGGCACUGCUGGUGGUCCUGCUGCCCCUCCCAUGGGGACGCCCACGCCGCGAAGCUCGGCACCCGCCCCGCGCUCGACGCCAACGGGGAUGUGCUGAGCCACGCAGCCUGCCUGCAGGACUCACCGCGUCCCGGCAAGACGCUGGGCUUCGGCCACCCGCCAGCCGGCCACUGCAAGAUGACCGACCUGCAGGCCACCCAAAGCCACGUCAGCUGCCUGUCACCAGCCACACCCUGCUGUGCCAAGAUGCAGUGCGAGCAGUUGAUGGAGGACGCAGCCCACGUCCACGUGCACGAGGAGGACGCCUUCGGGCAUGACCCGCACCGGCACAGGUGCCUCCAGGGCAGAACUAAGCCUCACUACUUCAGCCGGCACCGGGCAGCCGCGGGCGAGCGGGAGUACGCCUACCACAUCCCGUCCAGCCUGGACGGCAGCCCCCACAGCUCGCGCACGGACAGCCCCGCCAGCUCGCUCGAGGGCCCAGUGGGGCCACACUCGCUGGCCUGCUGUGCCCAGGGUGACCCCUUCCCCUUGGUCAGCCAGCCCGAGGGUGGCGACGCCAGCCCCGUGCUCUGUGGCUGUCCCCCACGGCCCGGCGGGGAGGCAGCCCACGGCCCGGCCCACUUGGAGAUGCUCCAGAGGACACAGUCCCUGCCCUUUGGCGGCCCCGGCCAGAACGGGCUGGUUAAGGGUGAUGCACGGGACGCUGCGCCCUUUGGCUCUGACAGCACGGGUAACAUCCGCACGGGGCCCUGGAGGAACGAGACAACCGUGUAGCAGGCGGGGCUCUGUCACCUUCGCCCACACGGCCCGGACGUGCUUCAGAGCAGAGCCAGGCCCUCGGCCACGUGAGGCGGGCAGGGGGUCACCGCCUGACCCAGCCUUGGCGGCACCGCCACUGACCCCUUCGUUGGAGGACCUGAGCGGGAAGACGCUUUGGGCUACGUCGGCCUCCACGAGCCCCAAGGGCAGCCGGGAGGUCCAUGUCCACAGUCACCUGCUUUCAUCCCGUAGUGCCCAGUCCCCGGCAGCCCAGGGCAGAAGCCCACCCUCAGCGCCCGGCGUGUAUCCCAUCUGCCCCGCCACCUGCCUUGCUAGGCCUGGCCGCGGCGGGUGGCGCCCCCGAUAUUUCCUAGUGUUUAAUGUGUGUUUUCUGUUUAGGUUUGUUCCUCGGGACCAGCAGGCAGCCUGCCUGUCAGUCCAGAGCGCUCUGGGCAGCUGCCCCAGGCCCCUCCAGUCUCAGGGGGACUCGAGUCAGCACCUCUGCCCAGUGCCGGCUCCACCUUCACCCCCGCCCCACAGGCCUCAGAGCAUCACAGACGCUGGGGCAGCAGCCGUACUCUGGGAGCACAAGGGCAGCGGGACUGUCGGUGACCCUAGGCUUUC